AUGACGAACACGACCACUUACAAUAUCGCCUCAAUCCCCGGUGAUGGCAUCGGUGUCGAUGUGACAGAAGCUGCCGAAGCAGUCCUUAACAAGCUCGCCGAGACUGUGGGGACUUUCAAGUUCAACUUUACGACCUUCGACUGGUCGUCAAAGAAGUACCUCGAGCGUGGAUGGUACAUGCCCGAGGAUGGCAUGCAGCAACUCUCCAAGUACGACGCCAUCUUCUUUGGUGCGGUUGGCUCACCUGAUGUGCCUGAUCACAUUUCGCUUUGGGGCCUCAUCCUUCCAAUUCGAAAGUACAACAACCAGUACGUCAACGUGAGACCGACCAGGAUAUUGCCGGGUACAGUUGCUCCUCUGGCACAAUGUCGGGAGAGACCACAGGACAUUGACUGGAUGAUCAUCCGUGAGAACAGUGAGGGUGAAUAUGCUGGCCAAGGAGGUACGACUCAUGAAAACAGCCCAGAUACGAUCGCCACUGAGGUUGCCAUCUUCACGAGAGUCGGAAUUGAGCGAAUCAUGCGAUUUGCGUUUGAGACCGCAAAGAGCAGGCCUAGGAAGAAGUUGACCAUGGUGACCAAGAGCAAUGCGCAGAGGCAUGGUAUGGUCUUAUGGGACAAGGUGUUCCACGAGGUGGCCAAGGAGUAUGAGGGUGUUGUUGAGUGGGACAAGAUGCUCGUGGAUGCCAUGACCGUGAGAAUGGUGAACAAGCCAGAGAGCAUGGACACGAUCGUAGCCACCAACCUCCACGCCGAUAUCCUCUCAGAUCUUGCCGCCGCUCUUGCAGGCUCAAUAGGAAUCGCCCCUUCAGCCAACCUCGACCCAACGCGCAAGUACCCCUCCAUGUUCGAGCCCAUUCACGGCAGUGCACCAGAUAUCGCUGGCCAAGGUAUCGCAAACCCAGUUGGUGCUUUCUGGUCGGCGGCGGAGAUGGUAAGAUGGGUUGGCCAGGGCAAGCUGGACAAGGUCGCAGAUGACUUCAUGCAAGCCAUCGAGAACGUGACCAGCAACCCCAAGACGCGGACCAAGGAUAUGGGCGGAUCUGCGAAUACCAAGGAGACGACCGAGGCUGUCAUCAAGCAGAUCGACGUCGUCUUCGGCAAAAAGUGA